CCGGGCGCAGGCCCUCCGGGAGGGGCGGCCCCCAGACCGCACAGGCAGCAGCGCCGGCGACAUGAGCGGCUACCAGCCACCGGUGGUGAUCGACAGUGGCUCGGGAAUGAUCAAGGCGGGCCUGGCUGGGACCCGGGAGCCCCAUUUCGUUUACCCGAACAUUCUGGGCCGGGCUAAGGGCCACAACACUGCAGUGGACUGCGCGCUGGAGCUGUGUGUGGGUGACCAAGCUCAGGAGCGCAGGAGCUUCCUGUCCAUCAGCUAUCCGGUGGACCGGGGCCUCAUUUCUUCCUGGGGGGACAUGGAGAUCAUGUGGAAGCAUAUUUAUGACUGUAGCCUGAACCUGAAGCCCAGGGAUGGCCCAGUCUUGGUUACAGAGCCUGCACUGAACCCGCUGCUGGACCGGCAGCACAUCUCUGAAGUGUUCUUUGAAAACCUGGGCGUCCCUGCCUUCUAUCUGUCUGUCCAGGCUGUGUUGGCACUCUUUGCUGCCGGCUUCACCACUGGCUUGGUGCUGAAUUCAGGUGCUGGGAUUACUCAGUGUGUGCCGGUCUUUGAGGGUUACUGUCUACCUCACGGUGUAAAACAGCUAGAUGUGGCGGGACUCGACCUCACCAGCUACCUCAUGAUGUUGUUGAAGGACGAUGGUGUCAUGCUGCUUAGAACUGGGGACAGAAAGAUUGUUACAGACAUUAAGGAGAAUAUCUGUUACGUGGCGAUGAACUAUGAGGAGGAAAUGGCCAAGGAACCUGGCCUAGAGAAAAUGUACACACUGCCUGAUGGGAAGACUAUCAAACUCCAUAACCAGGUCUUCCGUUGCCCAGAGGCCCUCUUCUCGCCAAGGCUUCUGAAUGUUGACGCGCCUGGCAUUGAUAAGAUGUGUCUCAGCAGCAUCAUGAAUUGUGACACAGAUCUCAGGAAUGCCUUCUUCUCCAAUAUUAUCCUUGCUGGAGGAUCCACCACUUUCCCUGGUUUAGACAAGCGACUGGUUAAGGAUGUGGCAAAGAUGGCACCGGCCAAUACCCCUGUGCAGGUUAUCGCUCCCCCAGAGAGGAAAAUAUCAGUGUGGAUGGGAGGGUCUAUUCUUGCAUCUUUGUCUGCCUUCCGAGACAUGUGGAUCACUGCUGCAGAAUUUGAAGAAGUUGGACCCAAUAUAGUACACCAAAGAUGCUUCUGAAAUGCAGACAAAAAAUGAUGAGUAAAACAUUUUUGAGUGUACACAACAAAACACUGUGGGUAUUCUAAUUCUGGGAGAACAAAAAAAAAAAACAUUUCUGUUAUUGGGAUGGCCACUUUCUUUCCUAAAAUGUUUUUGGUAGUUCUGGGACUCAGAGUCUCAUGUGUACUAAGCACCCUACCACUGACCUAUAUCCCCAGCCCUCUUUUUACCUUUGUAUUUCGAGAUAGGAUCUCCUGUUACAUUCAUUGCCCAGGCUGGAUUUCAAUUUGUAAUCCCUGGCGGUUGGAAUUAGAGGCUUGUGACUUUGGGCCUGGUUCUCAAUAUAGCAGGGCAGGAAAUGGUGCAAUUGUUAGGUUUCAACCCCAGGACAAAUAGCUAAGGUGCCUAUUUAACACACCAGACUGGACACUGAGUGCCAGGUCCUCCCUGCAUUCCCUAUCCCUGCCUGUUACAGGGCCCUCCUGGAUGGCAUACCCCACCCCUACCCUAAA